AUGGAGACAUCAUAUCUGUCCGGGGGCAAAGCAGUGCUGAGGGCUGGCAGACCUGUAGGGGAGGAGAUGCCAUUCAACAGCCGGGUGAUGAUUCAGCGGUCAGCAGGCGGAUACGGCCCCGCUGCGGCCCUCGGCUCACUGUCAGAUGACUUUGGGUUUAUUUGUGGGUGGCGGCAGCAGCAUAUGGCGCUGGCGCCUGGAGACUAUAGCUGUGAUCACACUGGGUCCUGCGCCACUGCCACUUCUACAGAAUCUCAUGACUGCCAGAAUGAAGGCACCUGA